UCAGCAAGACCAGGAGCGAAAUCCCAACUCACUUCCGUUCCUUUGUAGCACCAAACACUGCAAGUUUUAGCAAAUAUACCACAACAUUACAAUUUUCUCGAGAUUGCUCCGCUUUCAGCAUUUUCGGAGAGGGUCCGAUCCCUCAACCAUACGCGAGUGAACCAUGGAGAAAGCUGCAGUGUACGUGGAGAGGACGCUGGCUCUCAUUAAACCCGACGCCAUCGCCAAGGCGGACGAAAUUGAAGAGAUCAUUCUCCGCUCUGGCUUCACCAUUAUUCAGAAAAGGAGAGUCUGUUUAAGCCCUGAGGUGUGCAGUGAUAUUUAUGCAGCACAUUAUGGAAAAAUGUUCUUUCCCAGCUUAACAGCAUUCAUGAGUUCUGGGACAAGUGUUGCCAUGAUUAUUGCCAGAGAUAAAGCUAUUGCAUACUGGAAUGAAUUGAUUGGACCUGCAGAUAGUGUAAAGGCAAAAGAAACUCAUCCAGAGAGUUUAAGAGCAUUAUAUGGGACUGAUGAUCUUAGGAAUGCUGUGCAUGGCAGUGAAACCUUUUCUGCAGCAGAGAGGGAAAUUCGGUUUAUUUUUCCUGAUGCUUCCGUUGAUCCAAUUCCUAUCAGACAAUCUGCAAUGAGUUACCUGAGCAGAUAUGUAAUUCCUACUUUGUUAUCGGGACUGACUGAACUCUGCAAGGAGAAACCCACAGAUUCUAUUACCUGGCUUGCAGACUGGCUGAUUGCAAACAAUCCCAACAAGCCAAGCAUUUGUGAGGAUUUUUUAGAAGAGCCCUAAAAUGGCUAUUCUGACAGAUUAAAGAACUCUAAGUUGUUGGAAAGGUGAAAACAACUCCACUUCCAGGAAAUAUUAAUUGUAGGUGGAAUUUGACCAAUGCAAACAACGAAUGACUUUGAAUUUUAAUAUAUUCAACAUAUUUGAUGUUGUUAAUGUUUAAAUAUCAAUUUUUGAUGUUUACAAUGAAUGGCAAAUACAGAAAAAUCACUAAGCAUUAACAUCUCUCACUUGAUGACCCUCAAAGAAACCAGCUUAUAAUAAUAAAUUUCUUUGUGUUACAUUUUAUACGCUCAAAAUCCUUUUCUUAACAAGGUCAGAGGUUGCCAAGCUGAUCAUGAUUGUGCUGGAUUCGCCUAAUUGAUUGGGGAGCUGAAUGGUCCUCUGAUGCUUCACAAUCAACAGCAACUCUUGAAACUAUUGUUUUAUUAUCACCAUUUUCCUCAGAUGUAUUCUCCUCUAGGUGUUUGUUAAGUGUUUACCUAAUUUGUGAUUGACAUACCAUGUCUAUCAAAUUGUGAUA